AAUGAAAAAGUAGUCAACUUGCUUUCGCUGCCAUCUGUUUUUAAGUUUAGCUUUCACUGUUUGGACGACGUUUCAGUUUCCUGGGUAUUUUCUUUACCCUUUUUCCUUUUCUGGGAAUCAUCUCUGUUUUCAAGGGGAAAAACAAAUGAAUGAUAUUGAUGAUAUCUCAGCUGAUUUGAUCCUGUUAGAAUCCCAAUGGAAAGGCCUAGUAAACACCCUCGAAAAGCUCCAGUGUGAGGGUGGUUCUUCUUCAGUCUCUUUACUUGCUCUUCAAUGCCGAAAGAUCCAGGAACUUUCCAGCUCAAUCCAAAGUGGAAUCCGAACACGUUUCGAUGUGCUUCGGUACAAAGAAAUUGAGAUAGGGAAUAGACUCAAAGAUCUUGAAUUGAGAGAAAAUGAAUUGGGUAAGCGUUCAAAGUUUAAACUUGACGAGGUGUUGAUCGGAGAAGGUUCUUCUUUACUGGGUUUGAAGUUUAUUGUCAGUGAUGAUGGGGAAAGGUUGUUGAUGUUCUUGAAUGCGCAUGAAAAUGAACACGGAAAGCUUGCCGAUGAGGUUUAUAAUGUACUUAAAAUGUCUAAUAAUCCUGGAAAACUGGUUUGGCAGGCUGUUAAAAGGGUUUUCAUGGAGCAAAGAAAUGUUGGGGUUGAGACAAAUGUGGAAAGAAGAAGUUGUCUGGUUUUGUUGGAGGCCUUGAUGAGAGCUAGGCCCGGGAUUAAAAAAGGAGUUCAAAAACAAGCAAUUUUUGCGGCAAAAGCAUGGAAGAUAAAGAAGGGGAUGCAGGGCGAGGAUGAUAUGGAGAUUUUAUUGUUUUUGAUGCUUGUGGGUGCUUUUGGAUUGCUUGGUCAAUUUAAAUCCAACGAAAUUAGGAGUCUUUUUAAGAGGGUUGCACAGCAUAAGCAAGCUUCCUUGUUGGGUCAUAGUCUUGGACUUUUUGAGAAGGCUGCCCCUGAUAGCUGCAUCCUCCAUUCCCAAGUAAAGAUGGAGCAAUUGGGUGAGGUUUCAAAUGUGAUGUCUGAGGCAAUAGAUGAUACAAAGAUCAAUUCUUCUUCUCCAUCUUCUGCUGAUUUAAGAUUUAUUGCAAGUACAGAUGCUGAUAGAUUGUUGAUGUUUUUAACUGAGCAUGAGAAUGAUGACAGGAUUGGUAAUGAUGUUUACAAUGCACUGAAAACGUCAGGGAAGCCAGCAAAAUUGGUUUUGAAUGUAGUUAAAGCUGGAAUCUCAGAGAGGGCAAAUAUAGGAGUUCAAAGAGGGGUGGUCAAGAACAGUUGUGUAAUUCUGUUGGAGCAGUUGAUGAGAUUGAGGCCAGUGAUUAGUCAGAAAUUGAGGAAAAAUGCUCUGGGAGUAGCGCAACAAUGGAAAGGAAAUAUAAAAGAUAAUGGCAUUUAUGAUAAAGAGAUUUUGGUCUUUCUGAUGCUUGUGGGUGCUUAUGGAUUGACUAGUGAAUUUAAUAUCAAAGAAAUUGAGAGUCUGUUUAAGAGUGUUUCUCUGCAUAAACAGGCUCCUAUAUUGAGUCCUAUCCUUGGUUUCGUUGACCAAACCUUUGUGAGAGAUAUCUAUCAUUCUCAAGUGAAGAUUGAGCAAUCUGAAGCAGACAAUUUUCAACUGGAUAGCUCCAUUCCUUCUGAACCAAAGUUUGAGCAGCAUGUUGAUUCUUCAUCUACUAGGUCUUGGCCUGAGCUAAAGUUUCUUAGUAUCAAUAUGAAUGCAAGAGGUUUAACGCUAUUUCUGUCUGAGCGUGUGGAAGAUCAUAAUCUAAUGCGAGGCGAAAUUUCCAACGCACUUCUAUUGGCCCCGGAUCCUGCAAAAUUAGUAUUGGAUGCAUCAUCAUUCUUUUAUCGUUCAAAGUCAGGGGAUGGGUUUAAGGGAAUAGCCUUAUCCAAUGCAAGAAAGAGUUGUAUUCUUUUGUUGGAGCAGUUAGUGACAUGUUCAGUCCAGAUCGAACCCCAUGUGAAUGAAGAAGCUCUUAAGCUAGCGGUUGAGUGGAAAGGAAGAAUGGAUGAGAAGUACCCACAAGGUGUGAUGGCAUAUGGUUUCUUGCAGUUUAUAAUCACGUACCGGUUGAAGUCUUCUUAUAACGUUGAUGAACUCCUUUUUCUUUUGGUAACUGGAAGUGAGUAUAGACAGUCUCCUGAUCUGUGUCUGGCUCUUGGUUUGGCUGAUAAGACAUCGAUCCUUAUCGAGACCCUUAUAAAUAAGAAUCUACGGCUUGAGGCUAUUACAUAUAUUUGUGCUUUCGAUCUUGCUGACAAGUUCCCUCCUGCACUCCUUCUGAAUGCCCACUUGAAGUAUUCGAAGAUGAGAAAAUACCGGAAGGGCAAAAAAUCAAAUAUGAAACUGAAUGAGACCAUAGACCAAGAAAUUGCGAUUAUGAGAAGAGUCAUUAGAUGCAUUGCAGAUCACAAGCUUGAAUCUCUAUACCCUCCUCAGGAUCUUGAAAACUAUAUCCUGCAUCUGGAAAGGCAGAAAGAACUGGGGAAUGAUACAGCACAAAGAGAAAAGCAGAAAGCAGAGAAGAAAAAGGAUUUGCCAAUCCCUUUAACCAAAGCUAAAAUGCAGCAGGACGGUGAACUUAAUCGGCCCUGCAUCAAUAUGUCAGCUGAGGCUGCACCAAGCCUUUUUGCUGGUGCUGGUGGCAAUCUUCAUUUAAAACCAUCACCGCUUGAGCAACCAAUUCGCCCGAUUGCUGAUCAAUCUGUGCCUUGUAGUUUGUCGGUCUCUGCUGCUUUUUGUGGAGACACAAGCUCAUUUAAUUGGCAAUAUGGGUGUGAAAUCGGUGAUCCCUGGAGCUUGGAGCAUUUCACUUCAACUAGAGCAGUCAACAAGGCUGCCCCUGAAAGCAGUAUCCAUCAUGCUCAAGUAAUGAUUGACCAAUGUCAAUCAGACAAUUUUCAUUCAGAUGCCUUUGUUCCUUCUGAGGCAAAGUUUAAGCAUUAUACCACUUGUUCAUCUACUAGUUAUGGGGUUGACCUACAAUCUUAUAGCACCAGUAUGGAUGCAAUGGGUUUAAUAUUGUUUCUAUGCAAGCAUGUGGAAGAUCACAAUUUUAUGCGCUGUGAAAUUUCUGACGCUCUUCAAUUGGCCCCUGAUCCUGCAAGACUUGUUUUGGAUGCAAUAUCAACCUUUAAUAUACCAGAGUUAUCGAAUACUCAUGAAAAGAAGUGGAAUGGGUCUAAUUCUGGAAACUUAUGCCAUGUGAGAAAAAGUUGCAUUCUUUUGUUGGAGCAGUUAAGGACAUUUCCAUUCCAGAUUGAUCCCCAUGUAAACGAAGAAGUUUUGAAGCUGGCUUUCGAUUGGAAAGAAAGAGCACUGAAAGGUGUGGUGGCCUAUGGUUUCUUGCAGCUGAUAGUCACCUACUCUUUGAUCUUUGCUUACGAAGCGGAUGAGCUUUUUGGUCUUUUGGUAAUAGCAAGCGAGUAUCAUCAGUCUCCUGCUUUGUGCCUGGCUCUUGGUUUGACAGAUAAGAUCCAUGUUUUGAUCGAAACACUUGUAAAGAAAAACCUACGGCUCGAGGCUAUUGGAUACAUAUGUGCAUUAGAUCUUGUUGACAAGUUCCCACCUGCACAGAUUCUGAAAGCUCACUUGGAAUAUUUGAUGCAGAGUGUGCAUCAAGAGGCCCAAAAAUCACAUUGGAAACCGCGUCAAAUUAGAGAUAAAAAAAAAGGUGCGGUGGGAAAAGUCAUCGGAUGCAUUGCUGAUCACAAGCUCGAAAAACUAUUCCCGCGGAAAAAACUGGAAAACUACAUUAGGCACCUGGAAAAGCAGAACGCGGAUGCAAAUGUUGCUGCACGAAAGGAGAAGCAGAAAACAGGCCGGAAGAAAACACCGAAAGCCCCAUCUGCAAAUACGAAGCCACAACAUGAGUCUGGAACUAAGCUACCCUCCCCGACCACCAGUUCUACUACUGGUUCCACUACUAAACUGUCACCUCUGCAGCUACUCGAAACCUUCUUUGCAGAUCAAGCCGUAUCGCAUGGGUUACGGGACUCUGCUACUUUCUCCGCAACCUCAAACCUAGUAAGUGAUAAUCAGCAAACGGAUGUGGCCGCCAUUAACGAUGAUGGGAACUCUGACUAGGAUUGAAAGGAGCAAAACUCAAUGAAUAUUUUGCACCGUGAGCUUGCUGUUGGGCUUUGGUCAAUGUUUGAUUUGUAUGGGAGAUCAUGGAACCUUGCUUGACGGUUAUAUUACAAAUGUUUGAUGUGGGUUUGUUUACAUUUUUCCUUUGAAAAAGUUAAAUAAAUAAUUAACGAAUUCAUAUAA